GACCUCCGUGUGUGUCUCUGUGAUGUCAGGGUCUGCAGGACGCCCUUCCUCUGUCUCUUCUGUCUGUUCCAUCUCUCUGGUGGAGAUCAAGGCUGAGACUCAUCUGGUGAUCCAAGCUUUCCUCCAUCGCGCCCUCUCCACCCCUCUGAAUGAGAGGCCUGGCCCAGUGGGAGGGGCCUACAAAGAGCACAACAAGUACAGCUCCAAGCCACAGCCAAAGACGAAGAACGCCCGGGAUCGUCAAGCCCAUGAGUCCAAUUCAGCAGAUGAGAAGAGGACUGGAUUCAAGGAUUUGAUAAAGCAGCUUCCCCAUCAGAACAGCAAACGUUGUCCUGCCCAAGACCCUAGAGGCUCAUUGGACAGAGACAGUAGGACGAGAGUGUCCCACCUGAGAGAUCAAACCGAUGAUGCUGGCAAACUCCCCUCCUCUACGUCAGAAGAAGACGACAGUGAGAAGAAACAAAAUAAGAAGAUGACGCAAAAGAAGCUAAAAAAAAAGCUCUCCAAAUUCUUCAGGAGAAAGUUAGACAAAGCGGAGAAAGAGGGUUCUGACACUCCUCCCAAGAGGCCUUCCACAUUGGCAAUCAACAAAGACGUAGAGUCUCCCCCGGUCCUCAUCUCCCCCACCCACCCUCCCGAGUUCUAUGAUGAAGUAGCAGAGAAACUGGAAAAGAUUGCCCUGAGGUCCACCAGUAUAAAGAAACUGAGUCCCACAGACCAGCCUUCACCAGCAGGGUCUGAGAAAGAGGCAGUGGUGCAGCAGCUUGCUCAGGUGCUGUCUUUGGAGGGAGAUUCGAUCAACCUUAAGAUCGAGUCGAACCCCUUCCUACGGAAGAGUCUGGCCCGGCUUUCCUAUGCAUCCUACUCCAAGCUUCUAGACUUUUUUGGCAGCAGCCUGGUAUCCGGGUCACCGGCCCAGCUGCCCUCAGCCAGUCCAACGCUGCGGCGCAUGGCUGUCACCAUGGAGGUCUCACGGAGGAUAGUUACAGCCACCGGAGUCCAGCGCAUGGAAGGCUACACAGAGCGCUACAUGGAGAGCUUUGCCCCUUGGGUCAAGAGCCGUGGAGGAUGGGAGAAUUUGGUAGAUCUGGAGGAGCCACUGGAGUACGACUGAGCCUACUGGUCAACCUGAGCUGUGGACGCGCCAAAAACACUGAGUCUCAUCUGGACUGUGACAUUAGUCCAGAAUGCCCUUUGCUUCAUGUCCAUGUGGGAUCCACGUUCUGUGACAGAGGCUUCAUGUUUUUACAGUAGCUGUCUAAAUGAUUUAAUUCAAGGACCUGCUGAUCAGUUUGCGAGGAGUGAAAUGUUACCUCAGUGAGUUCCUCUUGUUGCAGUUACAGGUUACUGCAGGUCCCUGUGGAUCGAUGUCCCUGUGGAAAAAGACUUUUGACUUGUACUGUAUUCAAGCUGCCUCCCUGACGCGCGUGAUGCUCUCCUGAAGAUCCUGCAGCAGCUUCCCUCACAGGCAUCAAUGUUCAUGUUUUUACUGCCCGUGGUUGUUACAGGUACUGCAAUCAUUUGACUUACAUUCAUUUACAGAUUCAUUGUGGUGAUGGCUGGGCCAGCAGAGUGAUUGCGAAUGAAUCGUUUUAUUAAAGAAAAGGGUCUUUAGCUUUUUGGGGAACUGACUCUUCAAUAGAACCAGGUUCUACCACUGGUUCCUCUGAUGUGUCCUGCACUAAUCAGGCCUGCUUCCACUGUUUCAAAACAAAAUGUCCCAUGAUAAAUUAUGAAUACAUAACCCAAAACCUCGAACACCUGGCCCUAAAGUAGUUUGGAAGUCAUGUUAUUAAGCUGUAAAGAACACACAUACUGGUCUUACGUGCACUUUGAACGUCUGUAUGGUGUUUAUUAUAAAGCAUGCUCUGUUAUACAUUUAAAUAACUACAUUACCACAAAGUGCAGUAAAUUACAAGAAACCGACUGUAGGACAGAUAUUUAUUCA